AUGGUAGACGAAGUCGUGGUGAUGAUUAUCGUGAUAUACGUAGAUGACGUUUUGGUGGCUGGGUCUGACAAGGAUUGCAAGGAGUUGCUUGCUUCUCUCAACAAGGAAUUCCCCACCAAAAUUCUGGGAGAGUGCGAAUGGUUUGACGGAUGUGCCAUUGAGAGAGAUGUAGAGGCUGGGACUCUUAAGAUCUCGCAAACCACGUACAUCGCCAGCAUGGUGAAACGCUUUGAUGUACAAUCGACCUCACUCACGAAUCCCUGCUUCCCUUGCAUGAUGUGGGUGUCGACGUUAUCGCGUCCNGCCCACGCCCCGGCGAAGCGGCACUGGGAUGCCAUACAGAAGAUCCUCGGCUACCUGAAAGAGACGAGGGACCUCGGCAUCACCUACCAACGGGGAUCGGGGCUAGGGCUGGCCGUGUACGUAGACGCUAGCUACGCCGACACGGAGGAUAAACGUUCGGUGUCAGGGUUGGCGACGACGGUUGGAGGAACCGUAGUCAGCCAUGGUAGCAAGACACAGAAAAUCGUGUGUUUGUCUUCGACGGAAGCCGAGUACAUUGCUGCCGGGGAGGGUGUCAAGGAGGCGUUGUUUGUGCGUGAGGUACUUUCGUUUGUUGCUCCAGAGACCAGUGGUAGCAGCAUCCAGGUCCUUGAGGACAACCAGGGGGCCAUAGUAUUGGUGCAAAACCCCCUCAGCUCAGGUCGUACGAAACACAUCGACGUGAGAUUUCAUUUCAUCCGCGGAUUGUUAAGGUCGGGGGAUAUUUCGGUCAAGUUCNAG